AUGUCUCAGUACCCUCCUCCUCAGCAGAUGCCUUACGGCUCGCCGCCGCCUCCCGCCGGCUACCCUCAGGGACCUCCUCCCCCUCAGGGAGGAUACUACCCUCCUCCUCAGCCCAUGGGCUACUAUCCUCCCCAGCAGCAGGCUCCCCCGCCACAGGAGGAGAAGAAGGACCGUGGUUGCCUCUACGGAUGCUUGGCAACCCUCUGCUGUUGUUGGCUGUGUGGAGAGUCGUGCGAGUGCUGUCUGGAAUGCCUGUUCUGCUGCUGCGACUAAGCAAGGGCGAUACAAAGAAAAAGAAAAUCACUAGAGAUGGAAAAG